UCCAUCACAUGUGUUUGUGAUUCAAAAUAGCAAAUCGCUUUACGUUUCUCUUUGUUGGGAACCUGGGGCUUAGCCGAAGCUACCUCAAGCUGGCUGUAUAACGGCGCUGCAGACUCCGACUAGUUCCUGGAAUCUUAAGUUGUCGAAGUUGUAAAUAUGUCGGAGGAAUUGUGGGGAUAUUUUAUCUGCUGUCGAUAUUCUCCAUUAACAGCAUAUAUCUUAAUUUGGAAUAUUACUUCUGGUCAGCAUCACUGUGACAUUGACUAAGUUAUAACAUUACCAUUACGAACGGGAUAUUCGCCAACAUCCAGAUUAACGACACACAACCUUGCGAUGGUCAGAAAUUAGACCGCGCCUGUUCAGUGAAAGACAGCUUUUAUUAGAUUGUAACACUGGUAUUACCUCAGUUGGUUUAUCUAUUGUCUAUACACUUUAUACUUUAAAAAUCGUUUGCAGGGAUAAAGUCGCCGUUCUAGAAUUAAUUUUUGUCGAACUUUUCCCGAUGUGCUAACGGGUUCAUUUUUUGACGGAUGCUUUUGGUUUCUUCGUCAACUGUAUUUGAAUGCAUGACGUUUUCCCUCCUUUCCUUUCUGUCGCUUACAACUGCAUCACGGCUAUCUUGAAGCUAACAAAGCUAACGUUAGACACAGUUCGUUAAAGAAAUGGCUCCUAUCCUUCAAGACUACAAACCGAUCUCGCACUUGUGUAGCAAGCAGCAAAAUAUUUUAAUUUUAUGGACCAGAGAGUAGUAACAGACAGACACAAGUGAACGACAGAGGAAAUAAAGAAGAUGCUCCGACGUAAUCGUAUUUAUGCCAAAUCACUAAUUAUAACUCAAAAAUGAUUGGGCGGGUUGGAAGGGCGCACGUUUUAUUAACCCGGUUCUUUAUAAAGCACAACUUAAGUUUACUGUGUAGUUUUUCUAAAGUGUAAUGCGUUGCAUUCAACUUAUAUCUAACUUGGUUGCAUCUAAGUGGUGGUAGAAACCAACCACGCACAUUUGUCCUAUUGUUAUGAAAGUUAAUUUCAUACGUCAGUGGAGUGUCAACAUAAGAGGUUUUCUCCCUCUUAGUAGGAGUUAACAACUUAACGCACACGUUACAUUUCAAAGGGACUGCAUACCAGGUGGAGCAGUUUUCUCACAGAGGGGAGGGGGAGUCUGCCUGACUUCUAUUUAAAACCCCACCCACGUUAUAGCGCGUAUCCUUUCAUCAGCCCAGUCUGAGAUCUGAUGGGAAACUCUCACCAGUCACGAUUCUGCCCUGACUUCCACAUCCCAUAUGGAACUUGGUGGGCAAGCCAGGAGGGCAGCGCAGGAACUUACUUUGGGCCAGUGAAGAUGCCUUCUGUGAAGUAUCAGAAAGGGGAGAUGGUGAUGGGCCGCUGGCCUGGCAGCAGCCUGUACUAUGAGGUCAAGGUGCUGCGAUAUGAUGCUAAAAGUCAACUUUACACCGUCAUCUACAAGGAUGGUACUGAGCUGGAGCUCAAGGAGCAAGACAUCAAGAGUGCUGCUGGUUUCCAGACCCGUUCUCGCUCCCGCUCUCGUUCUCGAUCACCAGGCCGCCGUCGUAGCCGGUCUCGCUCCCCAGCAAGGACCACACGGCGCUCAUCCUUCCGCACGGCGGCGGCUGUUGCUGCUGCAGCGAUUACAGAGAGUGCUCCGUCGUCCCGCAGGGAUGCAAAGCUGAAGGAUACGCUAGAAGUCAGGCUCAGUCCACUGCAGACAAAUGCAGCUGAGAACAAUAGCAACAAUAAGCACGAAAAGAAAGAAGAGAAUAACACUGCGACCAAAACGAAUGAGUCUGAGUCUAAGGAAGUGGCAGAGACUGAGAUGAACCAAGGCCGUUACAAUCUGCGCCGCAGGAAGGACGAUGGAAAUGCCCAGCCAGCUGAGGCGAAACCAGAGCAGCUGGAAGAGAAGGAUGUUAAGCUGGCUACAGCUCCUGCUGCCUCCUUCUCCACCCCUCUUGACUUUGGUGGAAAGAUAGGAGCAUACUUCUGGCUGCUCUUCCUUCCAGCCUGGGUUCUCUUUCUGGUACUGCAAGUAAACUUGGCGGACCCCAGCCUGACCAACUUCCCUCCUCCUCUGCCCCCUCUUGAAGCCUUCUUUGAUGCCCAGGCCCUUGCUUUUGUCAUACUCUGGUUCUUAUUCCAGGCCCUGCUCUACAUGCUGCCUGUUGGAAAGCUGAGCGAAGGCAUGCCACUGAGGUCUGGGGAGAGACUGAAGUACAGAACUAAUGGUUUCUUUGCCAUUGUGGUGAGUUCUCUAGCGGUAGCUGCUGCGGUGUACCAGGGUGUUGAUCUCACCUACAUCCACAGCCACUUCCUGCAGCUGGCUGUGGCCUCCUUCCUCAUCUCUGUCCUGCUUAGUGUCUACCUGUAUGUGCGCUCUCUCUAUGCUGUCCCGACACAGCUGGCACUGGGGGGAAACUCUGGCAAUGUGGUUUAUGACUUUUUCAAAGGACAUGAGCUCAAUCCCCGUAUCAAAGACUUUGAUUUGAAAUUCUUCUGUGAGAUGCGUCCUGGUCUGAUUGGCUGGUGUUUGAUCAACUUUGCAAUGGCGCUGGCUGAGAUGAAGCAGCAGGGUCUGGAUGCUCCGUCAUACUCCAUGAUCCUUGUGAACCUCUUCCAGCUUCUCUAUGUGGUGGAUGGCCUCUGGAAUGAGGAGGCCAUCCUGACCACCAUGGAUUUGAUGCAUGAUGGUUUUGGCUUCAUGUUGGCAUUUGGUGAUCUGGUGUGGGUUCCCUUUACUUACACUCUUCAAGCCUAUUACCUGGUCAGCCACCCCAACCCCCUGAGUGUCCCUGCCCUCGCAGCCAUCGUCGCACUCAAACUCACUGGCUUCUACAUUUUCAGAAAGUCCAACUCUGAAAAGAACGCUUUCAGGAGAAACCCAUCUGACCCCAAUCUGUCAUAUUUGAAGACCAUCCCCACAGCGACAGGAAAGAGUCUGCUUGUGUCUGGCUGGUGGGGUGUGGUCCGCCACCCUAACUACCUGGGAGACCUCAUAAUGGCUCUGGCCUGGUCCCUACCCUGUGGCUUCAGCCACCUCCUGCCAUGGUACUACAUGAUCUAUUUCAUCAUCCUGCUCGUGCACCGAGAUUCCCGAGACAUGAGCGAGUGCAGGAGGAAGUACGGCUCGGCAUGGGAAGAGUACUGCCGAACUGUUCGCUACAGGAUCAUUCCUCGCGUCUACUGAGGAACCAGGCACUGGACACUCCUGAGCUGAGGCCUUUUUUUGACCUAAUAUUAUGACUUUGAAGGCUCACAAAAGCCCAAAUAUGUAAGGAUUGACUGAUUUGUCUUUUAGGGGGUUUUGUUUGUUUGUUUGUUUUUUACUUCUUCUUCUUUUUUUUUCUUUUAAAAAACUUUUUAAAAUCUUGAUUGUGGACUGAUGGUGCUACAGUACUAUGAAUUUUUUGAUGAAGAACAAUAAGACAGUCAUUGGUAUCAUGGAUUGCAGGAAGAAUUGCCUUUUUAAACAGAAAAUACUCCAAUAUAUACUUUUUAAAAGUUUACAAAACAGGUGGGGAAAAAAAAACGCCUCUGCAAGGAAUGUCUUGUUAGGUUGUAUAUUUUUGUAUAUACAUAUUUGUUUUUAUACUUCAGGAAUUGCUCAUCACUUGCAUAAUGUUUGGUAAGUUUUACUCUUUGCUCCCAUAUUCAAAAUGUUAAAAUAUCAGCUUGGCUAUUAUAAUUUUGUAAGGAUGCCUUCCUACUAUACUUAUACUGCUUGUUUAUAUUGUGAAGGAUGGGUUUAAAACUUCUUUUAAAUUACCUGUACAGUAAAACUAGGACUCAUGUUCUUUCUCAGGACUCCGAAUGUUGUCAACACGUUGAAUUGGAAUAGUUUUGUCUGAAUAAUUUUGUUGUGUAUAAUUUUAUGUAGCUGUGUAGUUUAGACUUGAGAGUGUAAAAUGAGUUUGGUGGUUUCAAGAAAAAUGCACUAAUGUGUUAAAAGCAUUUUUCCCCUUA